AUGCUCGCCGCACCCGACGACCAGCUUUUGCCCGAAAUUGCCACCCUCGAGGGCUACAAGCUGGCGCCCAGCGUCGCGCUCGGCUGCAAAGUGACCGUCAACGGCGCAGAGGUCGAGCCGGCGCCCGACGCCACCGACCUAGAGAGCCCGUGGCAGCUGUCGCUGCCGCCAAAGGGCGCCUCGCCCUCCGCUCGCGUCGUACUGGUGGGCGAGCAGCGCACCCUCACUCUCGGCGCCACGGGCGCCUUUGGCGCAAAGCGGCCGCGCCGCGCCACAGGGCAGUACGCCUACUCGAGCGUGGAGCGGUUGCGGCAGGCGUCAGGCUCGGACGGAGGCGACGACUGGCACUGCUUCGGCGUGGUUGUCGAGUACCAGCUGCCGCGCGCGACCAAGGGGACAGACCUGCGUUCGGCGGGAGAGUACCUCGCCCUCAACUGCUUCAAAGCACACCCGCACGUGCCCGGCGUCGGCGCCGUCGGCGCAGAGUCGUGCUCGGCUCCGACGGUGGUGCCCGCCCGCGGCGCAGGCGGCGCGACGCUCCGCACGCAGUGGGUCUUUGGCGACGGGGCGUCUCCGUCGGCCAACCGCUCGGCGGAGCACCUCACUUGGUCGGACGCCGAUUCGGCGCGAGUUGAGGCGCUCGCGCGCUGGUCGCGCGCCGCGCUCUCAACGCCGGGAGGCAGCAUGACGGCCGUCGACCUCCUCGUCCGCAUCGCCGCGGUCCCGAGCAGCGCCGCCGAGGCGGCCGCUCUGCCGAGCAAGCACGGCCACGGCGCCGCCGGCGCUCGUGCGCCACUCGAGCGAGACAUGGGGAGAUAG